GCCGCACCGCCCCACCCACCCGCCUCCACUUUCCCCAAGGUCUCGCCACCCCACUUGCCUUCUUCUCGCUCCCCUCUCGCGUCCCCGUCGCCCGCCAUAAGUAGCUAGCGCUCACACCAGCAGCUACUACCUAACCGCAGCUCACAAGCAACCCCCCCCCCCCCCCAACCAGAGCCCGAGCACCGCCGCCAACCAUGUCCCCGACCAAGACCACCUUCGCCGUCGUGCUCCUCACCGUCCUCGCGCUGUCGGCGCCGCUCGCCUCGUCCGCCGCCGCAAACCCGGGCGGCAACCCGGGCGGGUUCUUCGGCGCCGGGAUGCCGUGGUUCGGCGGCGGAGGCGCCGGGGGCCCCGGCGCGGGCGGCUUCUUCGGCGGGUGGGGUGAGGGCGGGCGCGGGUACCGGCGCGGCGCGGUGGUGCCGCCCUCCAUGGUGUGCGCGGAGCAGGGGCCCUGCCGCGGGAAGCGCCUCACCUGCCCGGCCCGGUGCUUCAGGUCCUUCAGCUACAAGGGCGCCCACGGCGGCGGCGGCGGGGGAGGCGGCGGGUGCAGCUUCGACUGCACCACCCGAUGCGUCGCCACCUGCUGAACCCGCCUCCGCGGACGACGACGGGUUGGAUCAUAUGGAUGGCGCGCACGCACGUGUUGCUCUGUGUGUCAGACUGUCAGUAGCUUGAUUAGCUAGCUAGCUAGUAGUAAUACUACCAGUGGUUUGGUUGUGAUGGAGCUGAGUGAGAGAGACUUGAUUAGUGGCAGUGACGAGCGGUGCUCGUGAUGUGCGCGCGCGUGUCUGUAAAUUUCAGCCGUCGCGGGUCGUAUGAUCUGAUCAAUAAGACGGACGGAUGAAUAAAACGAGGAUUUCGUGAUCUUCA